AUGAGUGACAUCAGUUAUCCCGUAGGAGAAACAGAUUACAUUAGUAGUUUACAUGAUACAAUAUUGUGUCAUAUACUUUCUUUUCUACCAACAAAGUCUACUGUAAAAACCUGUGUAUUGUCAAAAAGAUGGAAGAAAGUGUGGAAUCAAGUACCCGUACUUGAUUUCACUGAGAUACCAGAUGGUUAUCAUCCAUUGUGCAACGAGGCAAAAAUUUCCUACAAUAAAUUUGUGAACAAGGUAUUAGCUGAGAACAAUGCAUUCUAUUUGCAGCGUUUUUGUUAUGAAUUUUCAUGUGAUGAUGAUUGUGAUUACUACGAAUCAUGGUUGAAUGCUGCAAAAAAACGUGAAUAUUAUGAAAUUGAUUUGAAUUUCACUUUAGGCGGAAGUCGAAGUUACAAAUUUAUAGAGAUGAUUUAUGGAAAAGGAGUAAAGAUGUUGAAACUAACGGGUGUGAAAAUGAAUGAUACACCAGAGUCUUUUCAUCUACCAUCCCUUGAAAUUGUCCACUUUGUUAGAGUCGAAUUCAACGGUAGCGAAUAUAUGAAGAGGUUUACAUCAAAUUGUGCAACUCUCAAAACAAUUAUUAUCAAGGAAUGCACUGGUUUCGACGAGAUGUUGUUUGUAGAGUCUCUGACACUUAAAUCAUUAGAAAUUUUUGAUAUCGUGAGCCAGGCUUGGGGCAGAUCUCUGAUUAUUAGCAUUAAAGCACCGAUUCUUGAGUACCUUAGUAUUGAUGAUGAAAUAACAUAUUAUAUGGUUGAUAGUUUAGCUUUGCUUACCGAGGCAAAUCUAAAUCUUAGGGAAAAUUUCCCAGUUAUGGUCAAUGAACAUGGAAGUGAUUAUGAUAUUUAUCAAAAUAUCAAUUAUCUUAUAAGCAAGGCUUCCAAAGUCAGAUCUUUGAGACUUAAAACUUCUGGGGUUGAGUGGAUUGAUACCUCUUUAAAUUGUAUAGCCGAAGAAGGUUGUCUAUCAAAUCUCAAAGCAUGUAACAAUCUUCUUGGACAACGUGUGUCAAGAAUCUUUUUAUAUGUAUAUUAUACAACAAUGGAGAUCGAGGAAGAAGUUGAGUUAGCAAUUGAAAAAUACAAAAGAUUCUGUAGAAUACAUAAACGUAUUUUGGAGGUUUUGAAAUUAAACGCUUUGGAAAUGCAAAGAGAAGUUCUAUGUAGACAGGCUGAGGUUGAUAGGAUAUUGAAGGACGCUAGUGAAGGUUCACAAAGUGCAAUUGGCGAAGCACCAACUGUGGUAGUCAAUUAUAUUACAUUUCUAAAUCAAUUAAAGUCUGUUACAGCCGAUGGUAUAGCACAGAUUAAUAGGCUCAAAGAAGAUAAGCAGAAGGAGAGGGAGAAACUCGAAUCGGUGGUGUUGAAAUAUAAUAGACAAGUAAUUUAUAAGCACCCAUAA